UGAUUAUGUGAUUAAUCUGAUUUCUGAUUAUGUUUUCCUGUUUGGUAUUUCAUUGUUUUCUUAGGCAAUGGCAUCCCAAAUGAAAACUAAACUUGAAAAAUAUUGGAGAUCCUGAAAAAAUGAAUUUCUUGAUAUUCUUUUCAAAUAUCUUGGACCCAAGAGAUAAAUUCGAAUAUAUGUCAUACUAGUUUGUCCAACUAUAUGGAGAACUGAAGGGGGAGCAGUGUUUAGGAAAGGUCCAAGCUGCCAUGGUAGAAUUGUAUGGUGACUAUGCAGCCACCUACUCCGUCAAUGUGCAACAAUCUGAAUCAUCUUCUGGUAACCAAUGAGAUGUGCAACUUGUCUAGUCUCAUACCACAAUUGGUAGACCUUAGUCUACGUUAAAAAGCCAACUCAAAAGACAAAGAAUGGAGGCUGGUGGAAGCACUAGAGAAAUAGAGCUUCAAGUGUAUUUAAGUGAAAAAUUAUGGAGGAAAGUCCUGACUUUGAUAUUCUUAGGUGGUGGAAGCUAAAUAGUGAGAGAUUUCCUACUCUCUCUAAAAUGGCAAGGGAUGUGCUAGCAGUUCCAAUAUCCACUGUUGUCUCAGAAAGUGCAUUUAGUACUAGUGGAAGGGUAUUAGAUGCAUUUAGGAGUUUCUUAACUCCUAAAAUUGUGGAAGCUCUAGUAUGUGAACAAGACUGGUUGAGGUUACCAAAUCAACCAGUACAUAUCGAUGAAAAUAUUGAUGAUGUUGAAAGGCUUGAACAAGAGUUGGACACUGGAAGCACAGGACCUGGGACUGCUGUUUUUUUCCUUCCUACCAUUCCUUCUUUCAUUCCAGUUUUCUGUGAAAUGUGA